AUGAAAUCUGACAACAUGGAAGUGGUACCGAUCAUUUCGACCACGCCAGUGUAUGUACUAUAUCCGCACCGUUUUUACGUUUUAUUUGUUUUCUCAUUACUUGCCUUCAAUCAAUGUCUUAUAUGGUUGACAUUUUCCCCAAUAGCAAGAGCGACCGAAGCGUAUUACAAUAUUACGGAAUCAACUAUUGAUCUUCUGUUAAAUUGGGGACCGAUUAUUUUCAUUCCAUGUUUACCAUUAACUUAUAUUUUACUUAACAAACAUCAUGGACUUCGCAAUUGUGUCAUCAUACUCGCUCUAGUCGAUUUUGUCGCAGCGCUCGUACGUGUUUUACCUGUCGUCAUAACCACACCGUCCAGUCCACAUUUCAGUUCCAUUGCUUUACCAUUCCUACAUAUAGGCCAAAUACUAAAUGCUGCCUGUGGCCCAUUGGUCAUGGCACCGGUAUCGCAACUCUCUUGUCUUUGGUUUGCUCCACAUGAACGAACACGGGCAACAACAAUCGCUAUUAUGGCAAACAAUUUUGGAUCAACUGUUGGAUUUGUCAUUAGUCCAUUCAUCGUUUCAUCACCGGAUCGUGUUCCAUAUCUUCUGUAUCUUCAUUUAGCGCUCGCAUUUAUAGCCUGUGUUCUUGCUCUUCUGUAUUUUCCACCUCAACCACCGAGUCCUCCGUCAGCAGCAGCUGAACUACUUGUUCUUCAUCCUACUAGUGAACAAGCUACAAAUUCGUGGCGAACAUUCAUGAAAGACGUUUGGCAAUGUUUAACUACACCUUCAUUUGUCUUACUGUCGUUGGCUGGCGGUCUGAGCUCUGGUGUAUUCGGCGCUUGGACAAGUUUGUUCGAUCUCAUACUUAAACCUGAAAAUUACACAGAAUUGCAAGCAGGAUGGUUUGGUUUUGGUUCAUCGAUUGCUGGUAUUAUUGGUGGUCUGGUUCUAAGUCAUUUUGCUGAUACACCUCGUUUUCGGCAUUCACUAAAAACCUUGAUUGUUAUUUCAUUUAGCGCAUGUGUAUUAGCCAUUAUCUGGUUUGAAUUAUCUGUUCAUACAUUUUUCUAUGACGAACCCAUUCUGCUAUCAACUGCUACGACAAUUGGCUUAUCCACUGCCCUAGCUGGCCUUUUCUAUGGUGCUGCAUCACCCUUGAUCUACGAAGCUAUUGCGGAAAUCAUGUUUCCUCUGCCUGAAUCUCUAUCAGCAUCCAUUCUAGUACAAUGGGUUAAUGUUACUGGAUUAAUCCUCUUAUUUAUUGCCCCUAAUCGGUAUAAACUUAUGAAUUUACUAGUAUUAAUAUCUAUGGUAGCUUGCAUUGCAAUGGUUGUGUUCUCUCGAAUUAGUUAUAAAAGACGGGACGAAGAUGAAAGAAAACGAUUGGAAAAGGAGCGAGAGCAAAUCACUGGUCAUGUCAAUUCAACUAGCGUCAAUGAUAACCUCAACGAAACAGACUAUGGAACAUUCGCCUAG